AUGGCAGCAACAGCCGUCAAAAAUGGCGGCACAAGAGUCCCAGGAGGCAUCACACCCUCCACGCGUUUCGCCGAUAUUCCUGCCGCCCUCGACAUCCCAGUGUCAGGUGGUCUUGAAGCCGAUGAAGCAGUCGAGGUCAAUCUUGAGGAUCUCGAGGAUCCUACCGAGUUAUGCCAGCUUCUUGAAAAUGAGAAAGCCGCAAAGAAUCUGUGGAUCACAAUUUCCCUCGCUUAUGCCAAACAAGCACAGAUUGACCACGCAGUGGAGAUCCUACACAAAGGUCUUGGGUCAUUGUCAAAAAGUGGUCCGAAGGAGCGCCUGAGUCUGCUCGCAUGUGUUGCAUGGCUAGAUCUCCUGAAGAGCAGACACGCUCCUCGUGUUCUCCCAGAAGCCCAACAAUCCUCGGUCACGAAAACGAAGGACAGCUAUCUCAAGGAAGCGACCUCGACCAUCAAUGAAGCCCUUCGCAUCAAUCCUGCAUUCCCUCCUCUUUACCUCACCCAAGGUGUCCUUUCCCUCCUACGAGCAUCCCUACAAUCCUCGACCAAAGCUGGCGCGGACGCUGAAAGAGCAGAGUCUUUAAAACAGGCUUUGAAGUCCUUCGAUGACGCGCUUAGGCUGUCCGACGGCCGAAAUCUAAUGGCAAAGAUGGGUCGAGCGAGGACUUUAUACCUCCAAAGACAAUUUCCGCAAGCACUUCAAGUAUAUCAAGACGUUCUCGCAAAAAUGCCAGGCCUCACCGAUCCAGAUCCUAGAAUUGGAAUUGGAUGUUGUCUGUGGCAGCUGGGAUUUCGAGAGAGGGCUCAAGCCGCCUGGGAGCGUUCUCUUGCUGUUAACCCAGAGUCGAAGGUAGCCAACGCGCUCCUUGGGGUGUACUACCUCGCCGAAAGCGCUAAGUAUCCCGCUGGGGAUCCCGAGUUCAAUCGGUUGUACAAGAAAGCCAUGACCGAGCAUACUAGGAAGGCAUAUAGCAUUGACAAAAACUUCCCUCUGAGUUGUGCCACUUUUGCCAGUUAUUUCCUUCUUACUGGACGUUACGAUACCAUGGAGCCACUGGCCCGGAAGGCCAUCGGGCAAACGGACAUAAAUGCUAUUGCUAGUGAUGGGUGGUAUCUUCUUGCUCGAAAAGAACACAACAAAGGCGAUCUAGCUAAGGCAACCGAUGCAUACAACAGGGCAGACCAAGCCCGAGGUGGCCUAGAUCGAGGCUAUUUCCCAGCCAAGUUUGGCCUCAUUCAGAUCAUGGUCCAAACAGGGGAUGUUCAAGGUGCUAAAUUUCGUCUCGAAUCCCUUGGUCAGCUCAACCGACACGUGGAGGCGAUGACUCUUCUAGGCGCUAUAUAUGCUGAAGAAACUUUUUCGGCACCAAGUACCACAACCAAGGAAGAAAAAGUCGCUUCGGCUCGGAAAGCGAUCUCUCUACUGGAAAACGUUCGGAAGAGCUGGAGUGAUGAGAAAUCGCGAGCCAAGCCUGAUGAGUCUGUUCUUCUCUACCUUGCUCGCCUCUAUGAAUUGGAAAACUCGGUUGAGAGUUUGAAAUGCCUCCAAACUGUCGAGAUCAUGCAGUUGGAGAAGAUUCCGGACGAGGACAAACCCGCGCAGGCUGAAGCUGAAGAACCGGAUAUUGCACUAAUUCGCGAAAAUCUUCCACCCCAGCUCCUCAACAAUAUCGCCUGCUUCCUCUAUGGAGCAGAGUCUUUCUCAAAUGCACGCGAAACAUUUCAAAUCGCUCUCAAUGCCUGCGUUAAGCUCACGGAGAAGCAGGAAGCAGACAAGAAAGCUCUCGAGGAAGACAAGAUUACUGCUGAAGAUGUCGACAAUAGCGACACAGAUGCCCUUGUCACCACGAUAUCCUACAACUUGGCAAGGACUUAUGAAGCUUUGGGCCUGGUGAGUGAGGCUCAGAAAGUGUAUGAGGGCCUGCUUGCUAGGCAUCCAGACUACACCGACGCUUCGGCUCGUCUUGCAUAUAUCGCCUUGGAAGAGUCCCCACGCGAUGAAGGCCCUAAAAGGGUGCAUCAAGUCUACCAAAACAACCAUGCCAAUACAGAAGUCCGAGCGCUGAUGGGUUGGUACCAUCACAGCGCAAAGAAGAAGACGAGUAAUCUUGCUGAGGAUACCGAGAACAGACAUUACAAGCAUACCCUGCAAAAUUACGACAAGCAUGAUUUGUACUCUUUAACGGGGAUGGGCAAUGUUCAUUUGCUAAUCGCUCGUGACAUGCCGCGAAACAACGAUGCUGAGAAAGACAAGCGAACCAAAAUGUACGCAAAGGCAUAUGAGUUCUUUGACAAAGCGCUUCAGUUGGACUCCAAAAAUGCAUACGCUGCCCAAGGCAUUGCUAUUGCGCUGUGCGAUGAUAAGAAAGCCUACUCGGAUGCGCUACAAAUAUUCACCAAAGUGAAAGAUACUGUCCGGAAUGCUUCCAUUCAUACCAAUCUCGGUCAUGUGUUCACUGAGCUCCGGCAGUACUCCCGUGGUAUCGAACACUACGAAAUGGCACUGAAAGCUGAAGGAAGAGGUGACAACGCGCAGUUGCUUGCAUGUCUGUCAAGGGCGCAGUUAUUGAAGGGCAAAGCUGAUCGAUCAAUCCUCGCCCUGAAUACUGCUCUCGACUACAUGAAACGUGCUUUGGCCACUCAGCCUGAAUCGCCUCAUCUGCAAUUCAACGUGGCUUUCAUCCAGUUUCAGAUUGCACAACAUGUCAACCAAGCCAAAGAGACGGAUCGAACUCUUGAAGAUGUCGACACGGCCAUCGCAGGACUUGAGGAAGCCAUCGAGACCUUUGAGCGAGUCGCUAGACAUAAACAGCCACCAUACCCUAAGUCUGCACUUGAACAGCGAGCCGCCAUGGGUAAAAAUACUAUGAGAAAUCAACUCGAAAGAGCCCGUGCGAAACAAGCCACCUACGAGACUGAGAAUGCAACCAAGCUCAAGGAGGCAAAGGAGAGACGCCAAGAAGAGCUCCACAAACGUGAAGAAGCGGCCCAGAGAAGAAGAGAUGAAGAAGCAGACCGCGCACGAAAGAUUGCCGAAGAGCGACGCAAGAUCGUGGAGGAAACCGAACGUAUCGCUGAGAGCCUACGUGCUGAGGCCGCCGCACGUGAGGCUCUCGAGUACACAGACGAUGAAGAAACGGGCGAGCGUGUGAGGCGGAAACCCAAGAAAGGUGGCUCGAAACGUAAGAAAAGAGACGAUGAGGACGGGUUUAUCGAAGACGACGGCGAUGGACUGGAUGGCCGAUCUGAACGUAGCGUUUCUAGAACACCAAUUUCCGGAUCGGACAAUGACGGUGCGGCUGCUGCAGAGAAACCGAGAAAGAAGAGGAGAAAGUUGGAGAGAAAGAGCGCCGCCAGAGAGAAGAAGCCGCCAAGAGAGAGCAGCAAGUACAAGUCUGCUGCUGUGGUGGUUGACUCAGACUCGGAAAAUGAUGAUUUUGGUAACGCUGCAACCCCCGAGCCUGUGGCAGAUACUCCUGUCAGCAACGCAGACGAUGCAGCGGACAAGGAUGAGGACAUGCGUGAGACUAGACCGGUCGAGGACGAUGAUGACGAGGAUGAGGUCAGACCACGACAGCCUACACGACAACGGAAACAGCCUAAACUGAUUGCAGAUGAAGACGACGACGAAGAAGAAGACGAAGACGAUGGGGUUACUAGCGAGCGAAAUGGCACUGCACCACCAUCGAGGAACCGUGUAGUCAGUGAAGACGAUGACGAGUAA